AUGAAUCAGCGACCACAAAAUGAUCACUUGAGAGUAAAUAAGACAGGUAAGUACAUUCGAAAGAGUAUUUUCCACCAAAUACACGCAAACGCUAACGCCAUAUUUCAGCCGCAGCAACCGCAACAAAAAACGCAAGUGUACAUCAUAAACAAGAACGACUUCAAAAGCGUUGUUCAGCAACUAACGAGUUAUCAUUCAUGUGAGCCUUUACCUCAAAGCUUCCCAAAGCAUCAGAAGAAUAGACCAGAGCCGGUAAACCGGACAUCAUCGGUUCCCCCCAUUACCACGGUGGUUCAAGAAGAUCCUCAUGUCUCAUUGUAUAUGCGUUAUCUUCAAAGCUUACUUGAAGACUCAUCAGAAUCUGAUGGUGAUCAAUUCCAACAACCUUUUGAUGAGUCUCAAUCUGAUAUGCUAGCUCAAACUCAAGUUCCUAAAAAAUCCAUGUCGUAUUCCAAUGGUCUUGAACCGGUCAUGACCACUACUUUGACCUCUCCUUGGUUCGAUGGCUCGCUUCAACAAAUUGACGGUGCUUACUCAUUGGAGUCAACAAGAGCUGAGUAUCCUCAACCACUGACUCCAAGCUUCACAUAUUCUUCUAUGACUCAACCUGGAGUUUUCGAUCCGGAUCUAGAAUAUUUUUAG